AUGAUAGACCUCCAACCAGAAUUACAUCAGAAACUGUAUCCAUCUAAUGGCUGUUACCCUGAGCCUGACUCAGAAGAGCUUUGUGGGUUUGUUGAUAUGUAUGGGCCCCUCUGCUUCUUCGUCUCUCUGCCGUUGAGAGAAAAAAGACUGUUCAAUUUGGACUGGCGUUCCAAUAUAGAGGCAUUCCUACAAAGACUUAGUCUUACCAAUGGAGGGGUGAAAAUCCACCUCCGAUUCAAAGCAGAUCAUAAGACCACCCAGCACAUAUUUAGGUCCUCUUCAUGCAUAAGGAAAGAAGGUUGGUGUCAGGGAGGCCAUCCUGUCCUUGGAGGCAGGUUACCACUAAGUAUCCCCCCUGAAGUCAUGGACAGAGGCUUGUAUGGUGAUCUAAGCCUCCAGUCACUGACUUUGCUCCGGCCCUGUGUGCUAGAAUACCCCAACCUGACAACCCGGCUUACUGAAAUACAAAUAUCCUUUACUGAAUACUGUCAGGAGCUGGGACUGGGGGGCCUGCGUUGCUCCACUUCAACAGGCAGGCAGCAGCCACAUCUGGAUUGUGUGUACAGCGGUGUAACUUUGUAUACUGUUGAGAAUGAAAACAGCGAGCAGCCGCAGCCAGGUUGGAGUCUUGACUCCGUGGAGCAGAGUCUUGUGGUUUUUCUCUUCCUGCAGCACAGUGACCCCUUCACCUCCCAGCUCUCUGAUGUCAUGACCAACGAGGAGCUUCUAGAGCUCAAUUUGGAGAUGAUUCUGGACAACAACAAGCAGGCAGUGAUGACAGCCCUGCAGACUGAUCUUAAAACUGCUCUGAAAGCUCAGAGACAGAGAACCGAGGCCCAGAAGACAAUAUGCUCUGCGACUGCGGUGAUACUAAGUUCUGCUCUCAGUGUUGUGAGCAGUAGCAGCAAUAUGAACUUCAGGACCGCCUGUGUGGAAAACAUGAGGGUUCAUGAUACUCAUGAACUGGCAGCAUCUCUUCAAGAGGCGCUGAGAAGAGUGACGUCAUGGAAGUUCGCUCCCAAGGGAAAAUGCUACCCAGACCAGAUGGAUACGCCUCCAGACAGUAAUGAGCCAACCAGAGGAGACAUCUGA